UCCCUCUUCCUGCGCGGAGUGAUCGGCAGCGUGCGCAGGCCAGGGUGAAUGAGAUUGAAGAAGAGUUCUUGUUUUGUAUCUCAGUUUCUCUCUUUUUUUCCAAGACAAAUUACAAGAAAAUAAAUUAAACAAAAAGAAGAGAAAGGAGAGUCCCCUUCCUCCCUGGAGGGGAUGCGAGGCGGCCUGCCGAGUGCAAGCGAAUCCGUGCGAGCGAGGCCGGGGCAGCUGGAGAGCGGAGUGUUUGUAAAUAUUUCUUUUCAGUAAGAAUUUGAGCGAGAGGAGCGGAACGGAGCGGAGAGGAGAGGAGCAGGCUGUCAGCUCCCCAGGACUGUGGUUCUGAGAGAAGCCAUCAAUGAUGGAGUUACAGACUCUGCAGGAGGCGCUAAAAGUGGAAAUACAAGUUCAUCAGAAACUGGUUGCACAGAUGAAGCAGGACCCUCAGACUGCAGAAUUGAAAAAGCAGCUGCAUGAACUGCAGGCAAAGAUCACAGCACUAAGUGAAAAACAGAAAAAAGUUGUGGAGCAGCUUCGAAAGGACUUAAUGAAGCAAGAGCAGCCAGAAAUAAAGUUACAAUCACAACUAAUUUCUGAGAGUAAAGUGAAAGUGCAAAAGCCUGCCAACAUCAAGACUCUGACAGUGUCUCCAGUUGUUGCUGCAAAAACUCUACCUCUGGUGCUAAAACCUGCUACCCCUUCAAUACCAGUCUCUGUGGUAGCACAGAGACCAACUGUAGCCAUGGUCACAGGUGUUGGCAACACACAAAAGGCUCCCCUCAAUCUGGAUUCACAAACGACGCCAAUGAACCUUCAGACAUCCAGCAAACUGGCUAGCCCAGGGGCAGAGGCUGUCCGAAUAGUGGCAAAAAGUGCUAUGGCUCUGGUUCAGGCAUCAGCAACUCCUCAGCCAAUAAAAGUUCCUCAGUUCACUCCACCUCGUUUGACGCCACGGCCCAACUUCCUUCCACAGGUGCGGCCAAAGCCUGUAACCCCCAACAAUGUACCUAUUGCUCCUGCCCCUCCACCUAUGUUAGCUGCUCCCCAGCUUCUCCAGAGGCCAGUGAUGCUCACCACAAAAUUGACCACCACGUCCCUACCUUCAGCUACGGGCCCCAUUCACCAAGUGCGUAUUGUGAAUGGACAGCCUUGUGGUACUGCCCAGCUGACAGGCAUCGUCAUCACCUCCCCUGGAACACGACUUGCAGGACCACAGACAUUGCAGGUCAGCAAGACCACAACGGAAGCAAAGAAUGUUAAAGCUCAGGAGGGAACAGAAGAUAAGGCUCCACAGAGUGUCUCUUCAUCUCCAACUCCAAAGCCAAAACGAGAAGAGAACCCGCAGAAACUUGCCUUUAUGGUGUCUUUAGGCCUGGUGACGCAUGACCAUUUAGAAGAAAUUCAAAGUCGGAGACAAGAGCGGAAGAGGAGAACAACGGCCAAUCCAGUGUACAGUGGGGCAGUGUUUGAGCCAGAGCGAAAGAAGAGUGCUGUCACUUACCUGAACACCCCAGUGCAUCCUGGGACAAGGAAGAGAGCCAAUGAAGAUCCCUUGUCUAAGCAGGGAGACAUCCAUGAGGAUUUCUGCAGCGUUUGUAGGAGAAGUGGUCAGCUGCUAAUGUGUGACACUUGUUCACGUGUGUACCAUCUAGACUGUCUGGAACCACCACUGAAGACCAUCCCAAAGGGCAUGUGGAUCUGUCCUAAGUGUCAGGAUCAGAUUCUGAAAAAAGAAGAAGCAAUUCCAUGGCCUGCGCUUGCUAUUGUGCACUCUUACAUUGCCUAUAAAGCAGCUAAAGAAGAAGAGAAACAGAAGCUAAUAAAGUGGAGUACAGACCUGAAGCAGGAGAGGGAGCAGCUGGAGCAGAGAGUCAAACAGCUGAGCAGCUCGAUAACGAAAUGUAUGGAGACAAAGAACACAAUCCUGGCAAGACAAAAGGAGAUGCAGACCUCUUUAGAGAAGGUCAAACGAUUGAUUCGCCUUAUACAGGGCAUUGACCUCAGUAAGAUCUGACGAGCUUGAGUUGGAAGGGAUUGCAAAUGGCACAGAUUGUGUCAACAACAACAACAACAAAACCUCAGAGCCUUGUCAGCCUACGACAGUGAACUGCAAUAGUUCUGGUGACAUCAAAUAACAGAUUGCAGGACCACUGGACCGGAGGAUGAUCACCCACAUGCACCUGGCGGUGCCCAAGUUGCCAAUCAAUAUAUAUACAUAUAUAUAUAUAUAUAUAUUUUUGUGUUGUUGUGUACUGUGUUGUUUGGUAGAAUCACAUCCAGAGUGCCAGCUUUGGGGUGUGGGGGGGGAGGGCACAAGAGCUUUUGUACUAGCGUCAUGCCAUAUUAAAACACAUCACGCCAGUGUGUGCCUCCAGAGGUUGUCAGGACUGCAAGGGAGAUCACCCUGACUCGGGGACUCGCUCAUCAUGUUCCAAAUCCAAAGACUGUUACUUGCCAUGGGAACCAGGAGAACAGUGCAGAGAGGAUGGCACUUUGAGAACACAGUAUUUCACAAAAGUACAACUAGUCUGGAAUGCCACUGCUACAGUGGAGCUACAGGGGAGGACAUCCCGACUCAACGUGUCAAGAUCCUGCAAGGCCGGGGCAGUUCAAUGUCCCUGCAGGACAUCACCGAGGUUUGUCUUCGGCCCUUUGCCAGGAAGGGCAGUGCAGCUUGCAUCAUUAGGGGCCUACACAGUGACUAAUUUUAAAUAAGAGGCAGUCCUCAGUUGUGAAUGAGCAUUUCAGGCACCAACUGCAAAAUGUGUGUCUUGAAAAGAUUUAUUUCUGAGGAGUAUUUAUUUUAAAUAGGAAAAAUAUUCAGGUCUUCCUUGUGUUAAAAAAAAAAAUGUUUAAGGAAAAUGGAACAAAGUGCUUUUCUGUUUCCUGUUUCUAUCAAAUCCUAUCAGAGCUGGAGAGGUUGGACAAAAUGGACUUAAGGCUGUCUGAUUGUGAACUGCCAAAUGCUGCUCUGUACCAAUACAGCAGGGACACGUUCUUUUACAUAAAAACAGAAAAAAAAACACUGCAAAUUCAAAUCCUUCAUGGAGAGAAGCAGCAAGAGGGGAAGUGGGCAUUAAAUACACUUUGGAACUUUCACAGAGGGUAGCUUCUGAAGCGCCAGGCAUGAAGGUGGCAAAUCAAUUCUGGUCACUUUAAGAGGUGGUGGUGGGGGGGUAGCUUUACUGACAAACCUGGGUGGUGUCCCUACUCGCUCUUAGCAGUGCCUUACAAGAUUUAGCUGGUCACUGUUAACAGUAAGGCCAGUAUUUCCAACUUUACAAUUCCAGAUCAAUUUGUUGCCUGCCCAGUUUUGCUCAGUUGGUAACCGUGGGGUUGGGGUUGCUUGGUCAGGCAGCUUCUGAAGCACUACCACAUAACAUAUCUUGCAUUCUUUAUUACGUUGGCUGAGGUACCAGGGAAUGGGGUUUAAUUUUGCCAUCUUGUGUAAUCCAGAAAUGCACCUCUACACCGGUCUGUUUACAGCUUCCAGUGAAAUAUGAUUGGAAUGGCCACUACCCACGGGUCUUGUACAUCUAUGGUCAUUAAGGGCUACUUCAGUAUUUUGGCUAAGGGUGUGCUGUUCUGAUAGGCAUAUAGGCAUGUGCAUCUCUAGGGGUUGUAGUGCAGGCUGGCUCAGUGUCCAUUGUCUCCAAGUGGUAGUCCAUGUGUCAGUUUUUUCUCCCUUGUCUGCAGAAGGAUGUGUGGUCUUCAAGGGACGCCAUCGUUUCUGCUGCUAUUACAAGCAGGGCAGUCUGCAGAACUGCAGCUUUACCCCCAAUGGCUAUUGGUGUCCAAGCCUUGGCCACUAAACUGAUCAAACUGAAACCAAUGUAAAGGUCAGAAUAGGCAACCUAAGGCAUAUGUGUGGCUUUACAUUUCUUUUGCUCGACUUCAGCACCCUAACUUUUAUUUUUCAAUUAAGAUGGUCGACUAUUCCAAAACAGCUAGUGUUGUACCUGUCAUUUAGGCUGGGCAGGAGUCAUAAACAUUCAGCACUACAUCCCAUUAAGUACAAUGCCAUGCCAUUUUGAAGUUGUUCAGUGCCACACAGACGCCUAGUUGUCAUUAGUCCCUUAUUAGGCUGGCCUGUACACUCUCCUCGUGCCAGUCCAGCCUCUAUGGGCUCUGUGCGGUGCACCCACUGCUGGGCUCCAAGAGGCUGCAGAUCCUUUGUGCCAGGGUGAAGUUACAUUUUGCUAUCUAUGCAUCUUUAUUUGGAUGAGGGGACACAGGCAAGUUUGGACUUCCAUCCUGCACUGCUCACUCCAUCACAAGACAGCAAGCUAUGCAUCUUUAGUUUUUAGAAGACCAUAUGUGAGCAAAAGCAUCCAAGUCUUCAGUUAAAACGUCAAGACAUGGUGCUCCCUCUGAACUUUGGGGUGGGGGGAGUUGAGCACAGGAGCCAAGUAACAAAUUGGAUUGGGGGCAUUUGGGAGUCCUCUACAUUUAUGGGGGGGGUGCCAACGUUCAGGGGGGCACUACCUAAUAUGAGACUGGAGAGGAGUUGCUAGUAUGGGCUUUUUGGUUUCAUAUAGAGGGUCAGCUUUACAUAUGCAUGGUCCAUUGGUGUUAUGCACAGAAGUUGGAGAGGCUGCAUUACUGAUGUUUGACCCAUUAUGAUCAUAAUGGGGGGUCACGUCCCAGUUGUAUGCCACUUCCCUUCCCCUCAUGCCUGCAUUGGGUUCCAGGCCCGAAUCCUUCAGUGCCACCUUUAAACCCCAACUUUUUCUAUUUGAACCAGGCCAUGCCCAGCUGAGGGUCUUCGUGCCCCUACACCACAGUGAGGCUACAGAAUUCCUUGUACAAAAGUGUUUCUAUUGAUUUGAAGAGUGUCUAAUUUUCCACUUUCUUUUGUUACAGAUCCUAUUUUUUUUGCCCAAUGUUGCUAGUGAGCUGCAGACUUUCUUUACCUCUCCACUGUAUUUGAGCCUCUUGUGAUUUUUAAGUUAUUUGUAUGCAGUGUUUAGCAAUUUCUUUAGAGAACGUAAAGACAAGUGGAAUUUAGGAGCAUUUGAUCAAUUUGUAUUUAUUUAUUUUACCAUUUUGCUAAAUAAAAUAAAAAGAAAAAAAAAAGCAAAAGGGCUGCUUCAA